AUGGGACUCCGUGCUGCCAAGGCGGCACUCUACUUUCGAGCCAACGAGGACCUGGAGACCUUGCUGGUGUCGCAGAUCUGCUCUGGCCUCGGUGCCGGUGCUGCCGGAAUGUACCCAGGUGACGGCCGGCCACGAGGGGAGAUCGAAACCUUCGUGGCCUCAGAGGGCCACGUAACUGGUUGGCAUACGGACUUUCAGCACAACUUUACCUUCCAGCUGAGGGGCGCGAAGCGAUGGCGAUUCAAAGCAGGGCCUGUCAAGAACAACGUGCGUGCACUGACGCCACACUUCCAGACACGGUCCAACUUUGAGCAGCAGAUGAAGCUCCAUUUGCUGAGCGACCCGACCGAACCGGAUUUCCGGCCGCCAGACGACUUCUUUGCUGAUGCAGAGGAAGUAGAGCUGCACGCCGGAUCUGUGCUCUACCAUCCUGCUGGGAUUUGGCAUCAUGUGGAAUGCUUGGGCGAGGCUUGUCAAACGGUAGUCUCGUUCUUUCACACACUGAAUGCUAAGAGAGGUUUCUGUAUGCGAAGGACCACCUGA